AUGCUGGUUUAAGUCAUAAACAACUCUAACAUAUCAUAUAUACUUAGUUUGAUGUAUUUAUAGGUAGAUUUGAUUGAAAAUACAACAUAUAGACUAGUUGGAACCAAAAUUAGUCAUUUUAGCCUAUUUUGAAAAACAGAACAUGUUUCACCUUCCCGACGAGGUUCGAUACAAGAAGCUCUACUUGUCUGCUCUGAACGUUAGAUGGAGGGAUUUUAAGAGCAAAUUGGUAUCUGGCUGGAUAACAAUGACGAGAGUUAGAUCAAAGAAAGAGAAGUUAGGUGAUAGUCCGCCUGACGUAUACAAGCACAUCAAGAAGGAGGAUUGGGCCACUUUCAAAGAAAAGAUGAUGUCAGAUCAUGCUAUAAAAAAGCGAGAAAAGGCGCUUGAGAGCGCAAAGAAGAACACACAUCAUCACCACUUAGGUCAGAGGAGUUAUGGAGAUGCUAGAGAGUUGUGGAGGCAGGAGAAAUUCGGUCCACCUAGUUUUGAUUCUGGAUCGUCUUCUAGUACACCAUCCUCCUCGGUGUCCUCUAGUUUUAACCGGGGUGAUGAUUGGUGGUGCGCGAUGCAUAAGAAAGAUCCUGUUACUAAACAGAGAUUCAUUCCAGAUGAGGAAACAAAGAAAGCAGCUGACAAAUACGUAUUUGGAGUACAAGGAGAAGCAAGCCAAGGGUGAGUUCAUUCCGGUUCGUAACAGAGACGCCCUUUUUAUGGCUCUUGGAGAGAAGCCAGAUCAUCCGGGUCGCUGUUACGGUUUUGGGGGUGUUAAUGUUGGCUAUACCAAGGCUUUUGGACACGUACCUCGUACGCACUAUAGGAGAUCGAUGAAGGAACAAGAGGAGGCACUCAUACAGAAAAUGAGUGAAAGGUGGAGGGAGGACAUUGCCACAUAUAUCCAGAAUGUGAUGAUUUCACCUUCACAUCCAUCUACCGGGCCAUAUUCUUCACCAUCUAGUGGGCCAUCUCCUUCUCAUGUACAUCCACCUACUCAGUCACCUGGGCUGUAUCAUUUUUUCCCUUCACCAUUUGCUAUGCCAUCUCCUCCUACACAGCCGACUCAGCC